CUACAACAACAGCUGUAACUAGUGGAGUACGGGUUCUCUGUUUUUGUUAUUUAAACAACAGAAAAACCCACAUCAUUAUGAAUGAAAUGAUCAUGGAGUAUGUAUAAAUGUAAAAAAAACACAUGAUCUGAAUGAAAUAAUCUGAAUCAACAAAAUGUCUGAAAAACUGCGGUUGAAUCCUGACCACGUGAUAGAACUGUGGACUCAGAAUGGCAUGUACAGGAUCGAGCUUCUAUAUGGAGACAUCACCACCCUGCCCAGAGACCAGAAAGUGGACUUCAUCAUGGUGUCUGCAUUUCCAGGUGAUUACUCCUGCACAAGCUCAUCAAAAACAGUGAUUGGUGCAUUAAAGCAUAGACUGGGCGUUGACAUAUCGAAACUCUCAUAUGAGAAGGAGCUUGAUCUGAGACACCACUUUUCUUGCUGGCUUUCAAAACAAGUCGACAGCAGCCUCUCGUUUGAUAGAGUCCUCUGCUUUGAAAAGCGAAGAAGUGAAAUGGGUGUCCCAGCUCAGAUUGGAGAGAUGUUCCGUGUGUUCACACCAGUCUUCAACAAUAAGGACCACUCAGUUAUCACACCGCUACUGGCGACUGGCAAUCAGGGGCAGUCAAAAGCUGCAGUUCUGGAAGCCAUGAUUGAGGCAGCAGCUUCCUGGAUCUAUGCUGGUCUCCCGUUGAGGGUACUCAAGAUUGUUGUGUACGGCACUUUCAGUAGUCAAAUACACGAAACCUUUGAUAGGCUGAAGAAGAAACAUCUCAUAAAAAAUCAGCAAAUGAAGGACCACAUCUUCAACAAGAAGUAUGACAUCUAUUUACUGUAUGAACCCUCUAACUUUGAACUUGGCAAGGCAGUGGAGAAAGCAUUCUUGGCAUCCCGUUCUGAUAUACACAUCUACGUGCAGAAGAAGGAGUUUCAGAAGGAGGUGGUGUGGCAGAAGGAGAUAUUUAAGACGCUAGUGUCAUGUAAACGUGUUGUAGCACUGCUGACACCCCAGUUCAUGUCAAGUCCCCAGUGUUUGGACCAAUACAAUAUGGCCAUGUGCUGCAAUAGGCUGUUCAGUACAGAGGUUCUCGCCCCCUUGUACAUGGAAACCAUAGAAAAUCUCCCCUCAUACAUGGGUCUGGUGCAGUGGAUUGACUGCAGGGUUCGAAAGGAAGGUGACACAAUGAAGAAUAAAAAUGCUGCUGCCUGCUCUGCCGUCCUUGCUUCCCUGUCUAACCAGUCUGAUGAUAAUAAGCCCAUCUUGCAGAUUAAUCCGGCAGACAAGUUUGACUAUGACGUCUUCAUCUCCUAUUCGCACAAAAAUCCUGAACAUGCUGAAAAAAUGUUAAAGACAAUCUCAAACAUUGAUCCUGGCUUGAGAGUGUUUUAUGAUAGAAGUGAAUUGAAAACAGGUAUCAACUGGCAGAACAUGCUGUACCAGUGUGUUGGAGAGUGUCGCUGUAUGAUAGCACUUGUCUCCCAGACCUACAUCAGCUCCACAGUCUGCACUGAGGAGUUUAACUUGGCACUGGCCAGGCACCUGUGUAAGGACAAGGGUUUGAGAUUAAUAGUGGUGCUGAUCGAAUCUCUGGACGUUGUUCCUGGUUACAUGACAGAAGGUAUUGAAGUGGUACAAGGGCAUAAAAACUUUGAGACCACAGUGUCGUCCAUAGCAAAUGAUGUUGUUCAAUGGUUGACAAUACACGACUCUACAGAAGCUGAUAUUAACCCUGAUGAUAUGACAAUCAUUGAUAUCUAUGAAAAGAUCGCUCAUCUAAGAUGCACAGAGGUUCAUCAGCGUUAUCAGAUGACCAAGAAUUUUCAGAGAUUGGUACCUCUUGAGCUUCCAAAUCUGAAAAACAAAUCCCAGGAUAACUUGCAAGUUCACUUGGCGCUUAUCUAUGCAAACGAUGCAAUCCACCUUGCGGGGACUUUCUGUGCUCUAGUAGAUGGGCUCUGCCCCAACCUGAACAUAAGUGUCCACACCUCCGCAGAUCAACAGCGCAUGACAGCACUAGAAACUGCCAAGACUGUAGUCAUAUUUAUCACCCAGCAGUUUAUUCAGAGUGAAGGUCAUAUGGCUGAACUUCAUAUGGUCAUGAACAGACAGAGGUCGGAAAGCACCGAUAUUCUCUACCUCAUUAAGGCGGGGCCACUUCACGGAAGACCGUUUUUCCCCAGGAUUUUAAAGUACGACCUUGUUUCUUCCGAUGAUGUUUGGACGGAGUUGGAAGCGGCACAAGGCAAAGAUAAGAAGGGCGUAGAAAAGAAGACGGUAUCCAACAAGAUUAGCAGAAUAGGGAAUGCUAGCACAUUUUUCAUCCGUUAUUCUGAGUACUUUGCCAUGGUGAAAGCAUCUGAUGAUGUUCUUGAUUUCCUUUUCAACAAGAGAUCCAGUCCUGAAAAGCAUGGCCCCUUGCUGGUGAACCUGAGAAAUCCAAGGCCGAUACAGGACACUGGUAACAUUGUGCCUGUGGUUCCCCGUCCUGUGGAAAGUCACACCAUUCAAGGACCCAGUGUAGAACAAAGCAGAGAACCAAAUAAACAAGACAGUUUAGAGGAGGAUGUAAGAAGAAUGAAUGAAGAAAAGUUUUAUGUUGAUGAGACAUUGAUAAAACAAGACAGUUUAGAGGAGGAUGUAAGAAGAAUGAAUGAAGAAAAGUUUUAUGUUGAUGAGACAUUGAUAGCAGGGGGACCAAAGCAGAAGAAAAAUGAGAAGUCAAGCUCUUGUAUUAUUCUUUAAAUUAUUGUUACCAAUUCAUCGCGUAAAGAACCAUGGCUUAAAUAAAUAGAAGUUAUGUACCUGUGUUUUAAUUUAAAUCCAGAUGCCUAAUAGUUGAUCUCUAAAUCUAAAUAGCCAGAAUGUCACUGGUUCAUAAUUGCAAUUCACAAAUGUUUCAUGUUGUUUUGUCUUCUUAAAGCGCUCUGUAGGUAAUUUAGUUGCCUAGCUUAUUUUUAAGUGACAUGUGGAUUAUAUUAUUUACAAAGUAACAGGGGGUAAACAGGCACCACUAUGGACAUCUGUCUUUCUGUCUCUCCAUCUGUUCUAAACUGUUCAAUGUUCAACGGUCAAACAAGCAGGCAGUAUUUUUUACCAUAUGAAGUUGAGCUGUGUGUAAAGCGUUCAUACCAUUCUUGAGACCACUGUUUACAUCCAAUCUUGAUGAAAUUAUCUUGGCCAAAAGGUUUAUCUUGACAAUAUCUACACCAAAUUUGAGUAAUAUUCGUCCAAAAUCUAGGUAACCAUAUCAAAUGUAAAAAAACACACAACAAAAAACAACACUUGAUACCUCUCUAGGAGCCAUAUUUAUGACUCAAUCUUAAUGAAAUUUUGUAAAAAUAUUUAUCUUAAAAAAUCAGGGCCAUAGUCGAAAUGGGUAAAAUUAAGGUAAAAACUCAGUCAUCAGGUCAAGUUUUGGAAAAUUGGACCUUGAACUGAGGUGAGGGCUUAAAGGCUUGCUAAGAUAAUGUGUUAUAAAUGACAUGCAUUUGAUAUGAGCCCCGUUAUGGAAAAAUUGGGCUUAAUGCAUGUGCGUUAAGUGCCUUACAGAUAAGCCUGCGCAGCCCUGUGUUUCCCAGAUAGAGGCUCAUAUGAUUCAAACAUAGCCUUAUUAAUAAUCAUUGAUAUAGUACUCUUAAUUAUUUUAUUAUCAUCAGUCCCUCUAUUUUCAUUCUCAUAAAUGCAUGAGUUUAUUUAUAAGACAUUUGUUAUAUUCUUUUUGUCUGUGAUAUUUCUGGUCUGUUUGUUUUAUAUGAUUGGUUUUUACAUUUUUGUAGUUUUACAAGUUACUGUUUAUGCACUUACAUUAUUAUAUGUCUCAUGUCCAGCAGAAUUUACUUGACCAAUAUACGUUUAUGAGUUCUCUCACCAUUUUGUAGUGAACAUUGUUUCAAAAGCUAUUUGAUAAUAUUACAUUUAUAUAUCUAUUUUUAUAUAUUGUUCUUGUUAACUAUUUCAACCAUAUUUUCUUUCUUUUUAUGAUAGUGCUGAUUAUUGUUUUAAUAAAUUACUUUCAAAUAAUGUU